GUUUUCUGAAGGUCCACCGCGGCAGACGCCCUCAUAGCUUUGGCGCGCUCACCUAGUCUGCAAAAAAAUGGCAAACCUUCUGCGGCAUUUCGAUCCCUGCGAUUUGCCGAACAGCGCAGAGAGUGCCGCGAGGCUGAGGGAGCUAGCUUUCCUGCUGGCCGAAGAAUGGGAUGACGUGCUACAAAAAGUGGAAAAGCAAGGCUUGGCUUCCUGGAAGCCGAGGGAUAGCGAUGGGACACGGAUGCCCUUAGAAAUUAUGGGAACCCUGAUAAACUUCUUUUUUGAAUAAUGGGAACAAGACCUCUGCGGAGCUGGACUGUCACGCAUUAUGUGCCAGCAGUGAGUGCUUGUAGCUCUUCAAGGUGUCACUUUCACUCUUCAUGAAAAAUUGUUAUUUGCGGGGCCUCUGAAAAGAAAAGGAUCAUAAAUUUGAUCAUGCGUAUUUGGGAAAUGAAUCAUAUGUAUUGCUACGAGCCGCGCUAACAAAAGUGUGGAGAGGAAGCAUCUUUACCGAUUGGUGGAAUCGCAAUUGAUCCAGCUUAGCCGUGCGAACGAGAUCAUCCUUGGGCGAAGCAUGCACCAUGAGAAUCAUCCAAAUUACAGCAUUAUGAAACGAAAGCACCCCAUCACCCCUAUCCUGCACUUCCCGCGAUCUUCGGACGGAAAGCGGGAAAAAUGGCAUGGAGAUAAAAUUAAUUGUUUUGUUGAGAAAACGUACGCCAUGAAGUCUUCUUUCACUACUGCAUUUGUUGUUACAAAGCUCUUUUUUGUUUUUAGUUUGUUAGGUGCGCCCGCGAACUCAGGUCUCAAAAGUACUAGGUAUGGGAAAAGUGAUGAUGGCGAUAGUGUUGGCUUCAUACGUAUGGAUGGAAUUAUAUUGGCAUCUCGAUGGAGCCGGGGAAAAAACGCAAAGGCGAUUCCGAUGAUACUUCGCAACGACCGGCUGGCGUCCUGCUUUCUGUACAGCUUGAUGCAGUUCGUGGCCGUGGAACGUUCGGGCCGGCGCCUGCUUUGGGCGAGAGAGGCUGACGGAAACAGGUACGCCGACUCUUUCCUCUACCAGCGCUUGUACGAUUUUUGUCUCGGUCCGCCUCGGAACCAGACGGGGUAUAAGCGGCAAAAGCGCGAUCUUGCCGAAGGAUGGGACAUGCUUAUGCAAAGAAAACGCGUUGCUGUGCUAAUACUCUACAAGCUGUAAAUCUAACAAUCUUUCGUUUGUCAUUGCUCCAAAGAUAAGAUAUUAAACAGUUCGCCUCCUCCUGCAGCGUUCCCACGUUAUCCUGCUGCUGUCUCGGUCUGAUUAUUUGGGUAAAAAGAGUCUCAUAUUUAUUUCUUGAAUUUCUAAGGACUACAUGCUCCUUUGAUUACUUAAAAUGAGUAAUGGGAAUUUUCCUUUCAUAAUGCAGAGACACCUCUGGUCGCUGGGUAUUCAUAUUCAGGCCCUAGAGUCCGUGUGCGAAACGAAAAAAGAUUUUGUAUCUCUAUUCCAGGGAGACUGGCGUGAGCUCAUGCGUCUGCACAUGUCAAGCGCAACAACAGAAUUGGAGGAUAAAGUACUCUACAACGUGUGACUUAAACACUCCUCAAUGAGUGCAGCAUUCUUUUCAUCAGCAACAGCACGUGGGCCAUGCCUCUAGCUGACGUUUAGAGUUCUUUCUGAGUCCUCUGCACGAGGACACGUCGUGGCUACUAUUGCUUUCACAAACUUCUACAAAACGAACUGGUUUUAGUUGAUGCUGUGAUAAAAGAAAAAGUUUUUAUUGACUCACGCUUAAGUGCCUUUGUGACUUCUACUAAAAAAAGGUGUUUAUCCACGCACGCUUCGAGGACGUAGAGACACUGCACUGGAAUGAAGAGAGCGUCGCGUGCCAAUUUGACGAGACGGCUGACUUCAUCAAUUAUUACGGGUUCAACAACAUGCUAAGGCCGUUUAACAAAGAAAAAGUUUACGAUGAAAAGUCUGGAAUAUUUCGCUGGUCCGAUGAGAACCCAUCAUGGGGUCAAUUACCUACUACGCGAUCCAUGCUACAAAAGCAAGUCGAUCACGCUCGGCGAAAUUUUCCGGAUGCUUCGGAAAUUGUGAUCAUCUUCAACCGCAGCAAUAUGCCCGGAGACCAUUGGUUUAUGGCUCCACAGGAACUUCUUUGGCUAUAGACUUCCCUAACGCGUCCUCCUGGACUAUAAUCAUUUUCCAAGAAGAUGUGAAAAUGAUGCUACUAGUGGCUCUAAUUGCAUAUAUGAGCACGUGAAGGGUGAAGCAAAUACAACUUCUGGGCGGGGUAGUGGAGAUAACAGAGUUCCAGUUUGCUUUAUCGAGGACAUCGACGAAGGCGAGGAGUGGCACUCCGAAUUUGACGAAGAUGGUGAUACUAUGCCAGGAGAGAGCGUACUCAUACUCAAUAACAGAGGCUGCUUCCUACUUAGAAAGUGCCUACUUUCUUGAGGAUGAGUACACUUUUUCCUUUGAUAGAUGUCUGGAGAAUGAUGCAUGGAAAAGCCUUGUAUCUUUCACAUAGUUACUUUGGGUUUGCCGCAGCGCUAUUUUUAAGGUUUCUGCAGAGGCACCCUCAGCAUGAUCCUUGGCUCUUUGUCUACUUGAAAAAGAAGAACCCAAGGAUAUAAAUCUCAGGGAGGAUGCGAACGCGAUGGCUUUAAUGCUACGAAACGAUCAAAAUGUAUACUAUCCGAAAAACGCGAUGUUUGCGGCUUUUGGUCUCGGUGCUCCCGCUUUUGACAAAUCGGGAUGGAAGGUUUUAGAGUUGUAGCUAGAGAAGAAUUCUGGAGUUCGAGUUUGUUUGUAGAGGAAUCAAUGUAGUACAUUCGAUAGGAUAAGUAUAUUCAUAAGCAGUAACAUUAAGCGCAUUAACCAACGUCGAAAAUCAACCUUGAAUUUUGACAAUUUUGUGUUGCAUAGCCGUCAAGUUUGACGCGGUAUUCACGCAGCCUCUCUGCUUAAACAUAACUACCUCUGUUGGUUGGAUACUACUCGUAAAUAAAAACGUUUGCUACAUCAACAAUGUGACGCAUGGCUGGUAGUCCAAAUUUGCAGCUGUGAUGUGAAUGCUACUCCGCUUCUAUCAAGCUUUCGGCACCUCAACACAGUGUACUGAGAUCGGGG